AUGGUGGGUCAUUUCAUUAGGGAAACACAUUUGUCUAAUUUUUUGUCUUAUUAUUCUUUGUUUUUCUCGAAAACUUACAUAAAAAAAACUUUAUUACUGAUUAUUUGACUUCGCUUUUGUAGCAAUGUCUCAUUCAGACUAGUAUCGGAAAACUGUUUGUCGCUUUCGGAUUUAGUUCACAAGUUCUCAAAAGAUUGGAACCCUUUCUUUUAAAUUUAUUACAUUUGUUUGUUUUCCUAGAACAAUUUUGAACGGGGAAACUUUGCAGCAGAAAUCAGUUCAUAAUGACUCUCCUUUAAAAAAAGUUCAAAAUGUUCAAAUUUUUCAGACCGAGUUCUUCUCUCAGAACCAGAUCGAUGGUAAGCAUUAAUUAUUGUUUAUUUUUUUCUUUUUUUCAUCUCAUGAAUUUUUUUUAUGAAUUGCACAUGUUUGCCGAAUCUCUCCCAACGUCUUAUUUCCUACAUGAAGCGUUCUCAUAAACUCUCUGUCUUUGAACAUUGCUAUUAUUGUGACGAGAAACGUUGGUUUUUAUUUCCUUUUAAUAAAUCACAUGAGUGAACUAGGAAUUCUUUUUCAAUCCUUCAAAAAUGAACCAGGAAUUCUUUUUUAGGUAGAAAACUUUGUUAUUAGACUGAUCAAUCGGACUUUUUCACCGAAAAAAAUACUUUCAUUCACAUUCCAUAAUUAUUUCAAUGUCAGAGAUCCGAGAAUGUUUCAACGUGUACUGUCCCGACGGAAAAGUUGCCUCGGCGUCGCAGCUCCGUUGCGUUCUGCGGAGUCUCGGAUAUUCUCCCACCGCCGCCAAGACGGCCGAGUACUUCCGCAGGCAUAAAAGUUUGCUAUGUUUCGCAAAUUUUUAGAUAAGUUUUCUAAGAACUAAAUUCCUUAGAUGUUGAAAAAUGAGCUCUGAGUGUUCGAAAAAAAAAAUUCCAUCACGUUUUUCAUGUCAAAGAGUGUACAAAUAAAAAAAAGAUAAUUUUCAAUAAAUAUGAAUUUGAUCUUCUUUUCAUAGAGCACAUCAAGAUUCCUUAGCUGAAAGUUUCAAGCUUUUUUUUUUCUUGGAGUUCUAGGUUUUCCAGCUGUACUUCAUGAGUUAAACUCUCAAAAUCCUGUUAUCAACACGACUUUUUCAGAAACAAAAGCAAUUGAUUUCGCCACGUUUUUGGAAAUCGCUAAAGAAGAGCAAAGCAGCGGAGAUCCGCUCACCGAAAUCAUCAAAGCGUUGAAAGGGAUCGACAGGUUAGCAGUACUUUUCUAUCCUCCAGAAGAGCGCAGACAGGCCACGCCUUCUUGAGUACUAAGCUAGCCGUGAAUAGACUUCAUAUAAAAAAAUUUAGAGGCUUCGCUAGGCUGAGCUGCCUUGCUAUUUCUGCAGAAAUUAUGUUUAUACGUUUUGUAAUUUUUUUUUCGUUCUGGUCAUUAGGUUUUAUCUUUUUUUUUCCAGAGAAGGAAGACGCUCGAUGCCGUCCAGAGAACUGAGAGCCAUCCUUUCCUCCGUUGGGGAACGACUCAGUCACCAGGAAAUCGAUUUUCUACUCUCUCAGGUAGGGUCCGCGAAGCAGUUUUUGAAACUCAUCCCAUAGCUUUGAUUUUGGUAUCGUCUUGAAUCGAACGCUCCACAUUAGCAAGCCCCUGAAAAUCUCAUUUUUAAUAUUCGAAAAACAAAAAAACAUGGAGGGUCGUUGCUGAAAAGCUCAAUUUUUGGAAAAAAAAAAGAAGUUUCCUGUUAGAGGGUUUUAUGUUCCGUUUUGAGUGAAAAUUCGCGUUCUACGUCAUAAAUCAUGUCUUAUCGCAUUCUCCUUUUGUCCAAAUACGCGCGCGAAAAAAGAAGAAACUAACAAAUUUAUUGAGAAAAAAAGUUCGCAGCAAGCGGUCCCUUCUCUCAGGUUUAUAAUUUGUCAUUCACCAAGGGCAUAUUACAGUAUAGCCCCCGCGACACGUUCGAACAAGCCCCCCACACUUAUCCAAUAUAGCCCCCGGAACUAUCCAGUAUAACCCCCACACCGAAAAAGCACGCAACGAUCACGCAGGACACGUGUCAGAGCUUCCAUUUUUUUAAAUUUAUUUUUCUAAUUUUUUUCGUAUCAUUCGUCGUUCUUGGUUGUUUCAAAUGGUUUUUGUAUUUUUCACAUGUAAAUUCGUGUUCUUUUUUUGUGAAUUUAAUAUUUUUUUGUCAUUUGUUUUUUUAGACCAUGGAAGAAAUUAGGUCGCUGACCGAGUUUCAUGAGAAGUUCAAGUCAGACAAAGAAGUUUACGGGUACGUCUCGCCGAGAUACGUACGAAUAUCAUAAAAUUAUGGGGCUCUGACCACUUAGAAAAAUUUAAGAUGAACUUUAUUAGUUUUCAAUAAAGUAAUUGUUCUGAGGAAUAGAAUUUUUUUGCUUUUUUUCUUUUCAUGCACAUUAAUUAAUAAAUUACUUAGGAAAAAUAGGCUUAGUUUUAAGGCUUCACACGGAGGCGGAGCGCGCAUAGCGCGAAAGCCGACUGUGGCUCGCUUCGAAAAAAACUGAGCCACAGUGAACAAUUCGUCAAAUAAAUAAAAAUACUUGACAUAGAGGGGGUCAUUCUGAAAUAGAGGGGGCCAUUCUGAAAAUGGGAGGGGGCCAUUCUGAAAUGGAGGGGGCCAUUCUGAAAUGAGAGGGGGUCAUUCUGAAAUGGGAGGGGGCUUGUUCUGAAUGAGCUCUGGGGGGACUAUUUCAAAGCCGUGCGGGGGGCAAAUAUGAAAGAUUGCCUAGGCAUUUUCAGAAUCGCCCCCUGUUUUGUACUGUGGGGGGCCAUUCUAGAAUACAUAUUCACCCCCCGCGUUCGAUUCUUCCCCCCACAUGAAGUCCUCCUAUUUUACCCCCCACAGAUCGGAACUUGGCUUGGUGGGGGGCUUGUUGGAACGCGGGGGGCAAAAACAGUGUGCGGGGCGAUUCUGGAAUUUUCCCAUUCACCAAUAAAUUAGAUCUUCAGAAUCAACCGUCAUUGCAAAACAGACCUAAUUGCAGGUCGAAGUCAACGGAAUGGUCCCGCAUCAGAAGCUCAUCCAGUUUUUGGCGCGGUAA